CUGAGUCACUCUACUACACCUACUCAAAAACCUCCUCAAUGUUUGGGUUUGGGCCUCCUCUUCUUAUAGUGGUGCGCCGGAGCGUGCUUUUUGAAAAUGUUGUGCCCCUCCUCAAAAUCAUAGUUUUUGUGAUCGCUCUCCCAGUCGUUCUGCAAAUCGAGAUCUUCCUCUUUGGGGUGGUAGCUGUGCAAAUCCAAGGGCUUUUCCUUCUCCUUCUCGUGGAAGUAGUGGUGGUGUUCGGGCACUUUGACCAAGUGGGGUUUCUCUUUUUCGUGGAAGUAGUGGUGGUGUUCGGGAAUUUUGAUGAUUUUUGUGUGGUAGACGGUCUUGAUUUUGGUGGGGACGUGGAUGCGGUGGUGGACGCUGAAAUAAGUGGGUUAGAUGCGUUUUGGGGGUUGGGGGACUUACUGGUGACCGGGGGAGCCCAGGGUUUGCUCCAAGGUUGCAAGGAACAAGAUCAAGACACUGACCUGGAAAUGAGGGAUUACGAAAUUUCAAGAGCAAGUUUGUUUAUUUUCAUGCAGGAACAUUAAUUAUUAUGAAGAGAGCGAAGAUAUCCUGUCAUUUCUGUUCAAAUAUCCAAUCAGUAAAUUGACCGCGGCCGAGGCAGCACAGGUGGAAGUCUUAAUAACAACUCUCACAAUCCAAAAACCGGUUUUGCGAGCUUCGGACAUUUUCACAGUCGGUACUCGUCUUCUAGCCUCGGUAAGAAAAAGCAAAAUUGGGCAAAACUCAAGCUCGACUUGCAGAUUUCCGGAACGGUGGUCACCUACGUGUUGGUAGCACUGCAAUUCCACGCCUCUUGGGCAGACUAGUCAUGUAUCUCAGCACCAAGCACACCACUCCAGUCUUCGAGCUGAAGAAAAACACCAUUUGUUUCUGCAAGAUGCUCAGACCGCUCCUCUACGUUGGGAGGUUCUUAGGCUUUUUGCCCUUAGCUGUUGAACAUCAGGGAGGGAAGUGUGUGUUUAAAAAAUCAAUCACUUUUAUUUGUCUCUCACUUGUGAUUAUCGGGGUUUUGGCGUUUCAAGUUUUCAACUCUAUUGAUUUUUUCCACUUGACCAAGACCAAAUCGUUACCAAUUCUUCUAAACAACAUUACAGAUGCCAUCUAUGGAGUCUAUAUCAUUAUUUUGAUUGCAAUUAACUUGUACCGUUUUCCUAGAUGGGUCAAGACACUCAACAAGUUUCCCUUGGUGCUCAAAGAAGGGAUUUUUUGUCAAUCUGCAAUGAAGAUUGUUCAAAAAAUUGUUUGGUACAUUUUAGGGACAACUGUCGUAGCAAUUGUGUUCCAAGUCAGUCUUUUAACAUUCUUGCACUUCUCGCAAACCUACCAAACGGACUUUGACUACAAUUUCUUCAUCAACAAACUCCUCCAAAACAUCUCAUUCAUCUUCUACGUCAUUUUCUUCACUGUCAUUUCAAUUUUUAUCGGAAUUUUGGCGUGUUUCGAGAAACUAACCAUCAGUUGUCUCAAAUACACCCCAGUUCACCCCAUGAAAGGCAUAAAUGAGACUAACAACACCCGGGAUUUUCUCGGUCUAGUCACUUAUAAGUUGUGUAAGGAGGAACACCCCUGUUCCGGGCGUUUAGCCAAAUUACCACAAGCCGAAGUUGUUGAAUUUUUGCGAAUUUUGCACGAAGAUAUCAGUUUGGUUAUAUACGAAGUCAACGAUUGUCUCAAUCCCCAGUUCUUGUGCCAUACUGUCGUCGAGUUGACGGUGUUAAUUGUCCAGUGGUACGCCGUUAUUGUCUACAUGGCCUUCACCUUCAAGGCUCCUCUAGCUAGCAGUAUCCACGUGGUGAACUGCUUCUUCGUGGUUGUUCACACUCUAGGAAUUUUUCUCUUUCUGAAAAAUGCCCAACAGCUGAAAAACAUGAUACAAGGCUUGAACAAUUUCCUGUUGGAGUAUUCGACGAGGAUUUCGUCGCUGGAGGAGCAUCAACAAGUGAGGCUUUUUAUUGAAAAGUUGAAACAACAUCGGCCGUUGACUGCGAGUGGAGUUUUUACUAUUGAUUUAGGGAUUGCUGGACCGAUAUCUGCAAACAUUCUAACUUAUGUUUUAGUGGCAUUACAGUUCGAAAUACCAAAGGAAGAGUAAAGUUGAAGAAAGUUUUACUCUAUCACAAUUUUAUCAGUUUUUUCAUCACUACUUGUUCUGAACUUCUUGCAGAUAAAAUUGUAAAUAAAACGUGUUUGUUAUGUAUAUGUUAUAUUAUAAAAAAAUAUAUAAUUAAUAACAAAAAAUAUCAACAAUAUUUACAAAGACACAGACAUACAAUGACACAAAAACACGAUGACGAUGAUAAAUUAUGAACUAACACUAAAAAUGACAGACUUUAGGUACUUUUGGCAUCGAUUAUUUGUCAUAACCGCCAUGAUGACCGCCGUGGCCGCCUCCAAAUCCGCCACCUCCGC